AUGCAAGUGUCGCGCACAGUCUACCGCGCAGCUCUCCUCCAUCUAUCAGUCAAUUCAUUCGUGCGCGCUUCGAUUCCAACUGGGACUACCUGGACGUCUCUCAACUCGGCAACCCAAUCGCCAAACACCCGGUUCUACAGCAUCCUCUUCCCGCAGUGCACAACCUUCAAACCAGACUGCACGCGCCAAAUACGCACCAUGUGUGACUCAUCCUCCGAUUCCGCCGCCGCUGCAUCCUCAACCCCCGCUGCCCAAAACGCAGACACUCAACCCCAAGACACCCAGGAACAAGAACAAGAAUCCCAACCGAAAAAGAACCUCUACCUCCCCGCCAGCGACCCUUCAAACCCCAUAUCGAACCAACAAGGCGAGGGAGGCAUUAAAAUUGACAUGAGCGGAGGCGGGACGGAGGUCAAACUGGACCAUCUGGGUCCAAUGGUUGUUAAUGUGGAUGGGACGUUGUCACAGAUUGGCAACUGGCAGCAAAUGACGGACAUCGAGAAAAGUAAUACUAUGCGGGUUCUCGGCAAGCGGAAUAAGAAGCGGCUGGAGGCUUUGAAGGCUAAAGAGAAGGCUGAGGGAGGAUCAGAUGAGGCUUGA